AUGGAAAGGAAUAAUGAUUCUGUGUUGGCAGAAUUUGUCCUCACUGGGCUUUCUGCCCAUCCAAACCUACAGACAGUUCUAUUUGUGCUAGUUUUGUGGAUGUACCUGAUUAUCCUACUGGGAAAUGGAGUUCUUAUCUCAGUGAUCAUCAAUGUUCCUCAUUUGCAUACCCCUAUGUAUUUCUUCCUCUGUAAUCUUUCCUUCUUGGACAUUUGCUACACAAGUUCUUCUGUCCCAUUAAUUCUUGACAAUUUUCUGACAGUAAGAAAAAGAGUUUCCUUCUCUGGAUGCAUGGUACAAAUGUUUCUCUCCUUUGCUAUGGGAGCCACAGAAUGUAUACUUCUAGGCAUGAUGGCGCUUGACCGCUAUGUAGCCAUCUGCUAUCCACUGAGAUACCCUGUCAUCAUGAGCAAGGGUGUUUAUGUGCUCAUGGCAGUGGGGUCCUGGGUAGCUGGUAUUUUUGACUCAAUGGUGCAGACAUUCCUUGCAAUACAAUUACCAUUCUGUGCUAACAAUGUCAUUAACCACUUUGUCUGUGAAAUUCUUGCUAUCCUAAAACUGGCAUGUGGUGAUAUUAAAAUCAAUAUAAUAAGUAUGACAGGGUCAAAUUUGAUUUUUUUGGUUAUUCCACUACUAAUAAUUUCCAUCUCUUAUAUUUUUAUUGUUGCCACUAUUCUGAGGAUUCCUUCCACUGAAGGAAAGCGUAAGGCCUUUUCCACCUGUUCAGCUCAUUUAACAGUCGUGAUUAUAUUCUAUGGAACUAUUUUCUUCAUGUAUGCAAAGCCCAAGUCAAAAAGCUCCAUUGGAGCAGAUGACCAAGACAUCGCUGAUGCUCUCAUAUCCCUCUUCUACGGAGUGAUGACCCCCAUGCUCAAUCCUAUAAUCUACAGUCUGAGGAACAAGGAUGUAAAGACUGCUGUAAAGAACAUGCUGGGUCGGAAAAAGUUCUCUGACAGGAUGUGA